AUGAAGCUGGGCACAGUGGAGUUGUGCCAUUUUCUACAGCUUAUAGCUCUCUUCCUGUGCUUCUCUGGGAUGAGUCAAGCUGAGCUACCCAGGUCCAGAUCCAAGCCAUACUUCCAGUCAGGAAGGUCGCGGACCAAGCGCAGCUGGGUUUGGAAUCAGUUCUUCGUGCUGGAAGAAUACAUGGGUUCAGAUCCCCUCUAUGUAGGGAAGCUUCACUCUGAUGUUGAUAAAGGAGAUGGUUCCAUCAAAUACAUCUUGUCAGGCGAAGGGGCAAGUUCAAUUUUCAUUAUUGAUGAGAACACUGGCGAUAUCCAUGCUACCAAGAGACUGGACCGGGAGGAACAGGCCUAUUAUACACUCAGAGCCCAAGCUCUGGACAGACUCACCAACAAGCCUGUGGAGCCAGAAUCAGAGUUUGUUAUCAAGAUUCAGGAUAUCAAUGACAAUGAACCAAAAUUUCUAGAUGGCCCAUACACAGCAGGAGUUCCUGAGAUGUCUCCUGUGGGGACUUCAGUGGUACAAGUGACAGCAACAGAUGCCGAUGAUCCUACCUAUGGCAACAGUGCUCGAGUGGUCUAUAGCAUUCUGCAAGGGCAGCCUUACUUCUCAGUGGAACCAAAAACAGGAGUCAUCAAGACUGCCCUUCCAAACAUGGAUAGAGAGGCUAAAGACCAGUAUUUGCUUGUCAUUCAGGCAAAGGAUAUGGUUGGCCAAAAUGGCGGACUGUCUGGAACCACCUCAGUAACCGUGACCCUAACUGAUGUCAAUGAUAACCCACCUCGCUUUCCACGAAGAUCUUACCAGUAUAAUGUUCCAGAAUCUUUGCCUGUGGCGUCAGUUGUGGCCAGAAUCAAAGCUGCAGAUGCAGAUAUAGGAGUCAAUGCAGAAAUGGAAUAUAAAAUAGUGGAUGGUGAUGGACUGGGGAUUUUCAAGAUAUCUGCUGACAAAGACACACAGGAAGGAAUCAUUACAAUACAAAAGGAACUUGAUUUUGAAGCCAAAACAAGCUAUACACUGCGCAUAGAAGCUGCAAAUCGAGAUGCUGAUCCCCGGUUUCUGAGCUUGGGUCCAUUCAGUGAUACAACAACAGUUAAGAUAAUUGUAGAAGACGUGGAUGAGCCCCCUGUUUUUUCUUCUCCCUUGUACCCCAUGGAGGUGUCAGAAGCGACACAAGUGGGGCAUAUCAUUGGCACCGUAGCAGCUCAUGACCCAGAUUCUUCCAACAGCCCCGUGAGAUAUUCAAUUGACAGAAACACAGACUUGGAGAGAUAUUUCAAUAUCGAUGCCAACAGUGGAGUUAUAACUACUGCGAAAUCAUUGGAUCGAGAGACAAAUGCUGUUCAUAACAUUACAGUUCUCGCAAUGGAAAGCCAGAAUCCAUCCCAGGUGGGAAGAGGUUAUGUGGCCAUCACUAUACUGGAUAUUAAUGACAAUGCACCUGAGUUUGCCAUGGACUAUGAAACUACUGUCUGUGAAAAUGCUCAGCCAGGGCAGGUUAUCCAGAAAAUCAGUGCAAUCGAUAAAGAUGAGCCAUCCAAUGGACACCAGUUUUACUUCAGCUUAACAACAGAUAUGACAAAUAACCACAACUUUUCAUUGAAAGAUAACAAAGACAAUACAGCCUCAAUACUCACCAGGAGAAAUGGCUUCCGCAGACAGGAACAGUCAGUUUAUUAUCUGCCAAUUUUCAUUGUGGACAGUGGAUCUCCUUCACUAAGCAGUACCAACACACUUACCAUCCGUGUAUGUGACUGUGAUGCUGACGGCAUAGCUCAGACCUGCAAUGCAGAGGCUUAUGUUCUACCUGCUGGCCUCAGCACUGGGGCCUUGAUAGCAAUACUGGCCUGUGUCCUGACACUAUUGGUGCUGAUCCUCCUCAUUGUCACUAUGAGAAGACGAAAAAAGGAGCCUCUCAUUUUUGAUGAGGAGAGGGAUAUUAGAGAAAACAUUGUCAGAUAUGAUGAUGAAGGCGGGGGAGAAGAAGACACAGAAGCCUUUGAUAUGGCUGCUCUGAGAAACCUCAACGUCAUAAGAGACAACAAAACUCGGAGAGAUGUGACUCCAGAAAUUCAGUUCUUGAGUCGACCGACUUUUAAAAACAUCCCAGAUAAUGUCAUUUUUAGGGAAUUCAUUUGGGAAAGACUGAAAGAAGCUGAUGUAGAUCCAGGUGCUCCACCAUAUGACUCUCUUCAGACUUAUGCAUUUGAAGGAAAUGGCUCAGUAGCUGAAUCUCUCAGUUCCUUAGAUUCCAUCAGCUCAAACUCUGAUCAGAAUUAUGACUACCUGAGUGACUGGGGUCCCCGUUUUAAACGACUGGCUGAAAUGUAUGGAAAUGGCCAAGAGAGUUUGUACUCAUAG